GAUUGCAGCCGGGCCGCCGUCCCCGUCGCCGCCGUUCCCUCGUCGCCGGCUCCGCCGCUAGCGGCGGCGACCGCUUCAACGUCUCCUUCGAUCGCAUGCUCCCGAACCUCCUCGCCUCCGGUGAACUUCCGGGAGGGGGUGUGAUUAGCUUUAAGAAACUACGUUGAGAAAGAAGCUCAAGGGCCUAGCAGUGAAGCUUUUGGCUGUCUAAUGGAUCAGUUAGCUGAUCGGAUAUCAGCUCUUGUAGAAAGCAAUGAUCCUUACAAGAACCCGGGUGCUCUGAGAGUCAUUGAUGAGCUUAUAGAUGUGGCUAUUAGAGAAAAUGCUUCCAUGGUUUUGAGAUUCUCAAAUUACCUGAGAAUUGUGUUAGAGGUGAACCGUGAUGAGAGAAUUUUGGUCCUCGCUAGUAAUGUUCUAGGCCAUCUAGCCAGGGCUGGUGGAGUGAUGAUGAACGAUGAGAUUGAACGCCAGUUAGAAAUAGCUCUGGAUUGGCUGCAUGGCGAGAGAGUGGAGCAUCAUCGUCUUGCUGCUGUUCUUAUCUUGAAAGAAAUGGCUGAAAAUGCGUCAACUGUCUUCUAUGUCUCUGUACCUAAAUUUGUCAAAUCCAUCUGGUUUGCUUUGAGGGAUCCAGAGGAGAAAGUACGAGAGCAUGCUGUCGAGGCAUUACGUGCUUGCCUUCGUGUUAUUGAGUUGCGGGAAACACGUUGGCGUGGGCAAUGGUACUAUAUUAUGUUUGAGGCCACACAAGAUGGCUUGGGUAGAAAUGCUCCUGUUCAUAGCAUACAUGGUUCAUUGCUUGCCAUUGGAGAACUUUUGAGGAACACAGGUGAAUUCAUGAUGUCGAGGAAUAGAGAAGUUACUGAAAUUGUUCUUAGAUAUCUAGAGUACAAGGAUCUUCUUGUUCGCCACAGCAUAACAUUAUUAUUACCUCGGAUUGCUCAUUUCCUUCGCGAUCGAUUUGUUGCACAGUAUUUAACGAUAUGCAUGAAGCAUAUAUUUGCAGUUCUACAGUCACCAGCUGAACGAGCCAGUGGGUUCAUAGCCCUUGGGGAGAUGGCAGGUGCUUUAGACGGGAAACUUAUCGAAUAUUUGCCAACUAUCAUGUCUUACAUAUGUGAUGCAAUUGCUCCACGUAAAGGUAGACCUUCACUCGAGGCUUUGGCUUGUGUUGGAAGCAUUGCUAAAGCCAUGGGGCCAGUGAUGGAACCUCACAUUCGAGGAAUUUUGGAUGUUAUGUUUUCAGCUGGAAUUUCUCCAACACUUGUAGAUGCUCUUGAGAAAAUAACAACUAGUAUUCCAUCUCUGCUACCUCCGAUACAAAGUUGGUUGCUCAGUUGCUUUUCAAGUGUUCUUUCCAAGACCCAUCCUCCUCCAGAAAAGUGGGCUAUUGCCUUGGUUCGAGGGAGUAUGGUGAAUACUUCAAAGCAAAUCUCGGAGAUUAGUGGUUCAGCUCUUGUGCAACUUGCUCUGCAAACUCUGGCUCGUUUCAAUUUUAAGGGCAAAGAACUCCUUGAGUUUGCCAAAGAAUCAGUCAUCAUUUACUUGGACGAUGGAGAUAGAGAAACACGAAAAGCAGCUGCCCUUUGCUAUUUCAAAAUGGUUAUGAGUUCUCUCUGCAAUGUGACAUCGACACAAUUUGGUUCUGCUAAAUCAAGUCAAACUGGAAGAAAACAAAGGCGAAUAAUUGAGGAGCUUGUUGAGAAACUCCUCGUAGCUGCUGUUACGGAUGCUGAUGUAACUGUUCGGAGGUCCAUCUUUUGCAUCUUGAUGGAUAGACGACUUGAUGAGUUUUUAGCACAGGCAGAUAGUCUAAGUGCACUUUUUGCUGCUUUAAAUGACGAGGAUUUGGAUGUUCGUGAAUACGCUAUCACAGUGGUGGGGAGGUUAUCGGAGAAAAGCCCUGCAUAUGUUCUUCCGGCUUUUCGUCGCUUACUCAUAAAUUUGCUGACAUAUAUAGAGCAAAGCAGUGCAGAUAGCAAAUGCAGAGAAGAAAGUGUGCAGUUACUUGGUUGCUUAAUUCAAAAUUGUGAACGGCUCAUCCGCCUAUAUAUGGCUCCAAUUCAGAAGGCACUUGUUGCAAGUCUUGUGGAGGUCUCUAAGGGCAAUGCUAAUACAGCCAUUUUAAGCAGAGUUCUUAUAACUGUAGGGGAUCUUGCUAGAGUGGGUGGUUUUGCAAUGCGGCAAUAUCUCCCCGAUCUGAUGCCUUUGAUUGUAAAUGCUAUAUUGGACGGAGCUGCAGUCAUGAAAAGGGAAGUGGCAGUGUCAACUCUUGGUCAGGUUGUGCAGAGCACUGGGUAUGUGAUAAUGCCUUACAAUGAGUAUCCUUCACUACUUGGCUCUCUCCUUAAGUUGAUGCAUGGUGAGUUGGCGUGGUCUACCAGGCGCAAAGUACUGAAGGCUCUUGGAAUAAUGGGUGCUUUGGAUCCUCUUAUGCAUAAGCGGAAUCAACUAAUUUUGCCUGGUUCUCAUGGACAAGCGGCUCCUGCAGCUGGUUAUUCAGGCCACCAUAUUCAGCAUCUGGAUGAAGUAAUGAUGGAUAAUUGUCCAUCUUUUGCUACAUGCGAGACCUAUUGUUCCUUGGUAGUCAUAAAUUCUCUCAUGCGAAUUCUCAAGGAUCCUUCUCUUGAUAGCUACCACCAUAAAGCGGUUGGUUCACUAAUUUUCCUUUUUAAGUCAAUUGGACUUCGCUGCAUUCCAUUCUUGCCAAAGGUUUUACCUGAUCUCUUUCUUAUUGUCGGUAUAUGUGACGAUACACUGAAGGACUUCAUAGCUUGGAAGCUUGGAACUCUUGUAUCCAUAGUUCGUCAGCACAUUAAUAAAUAUCGGCAAGAAUUGCUUUCAUUAAUUUCUGAACUGUGGUCAUCUCUGAGCUUGCCAGCUGUGAGUCAUCCACCACGUGGCUUUCCAGUUCUGCACCUGGUUGAACAGCUUUGCUUGGCUCUUGGUGAUGAAUUCAGAACAUAUAUUCCUGAUAUACUGCCGCAUUGUAUUCAAUUUCUUAGCGAUGUGGUUCGGUGCAACGACUACACAUAUGUGCUUGAUAUCCUUCAUACGCUUGAGACCUUUGGUGGGACCUUAUGUGAGCACAUGCAUCUUCUUCUUCCAGCACUCAUCCAAUUGUUCAAAGAAAAUGCUCCCGUGGACAAAAGAAGUGCUGCCAUAAAAACUUUAACCAGAUUAAUCCCUCGAGUCCAGGUUACUGGCCACGUAUCUUUGCUAGUCCAACACUUGAAGCUAGUUUUGGAUGGAGAAAUUGAUGAGCUCAGGAAGGAUGCUGUAGAUGCACUCUGUUGUCUAGCUUAUGCCCUCGGGGAGGGUUUCACCAUCUUCAUACCAUCUAUACAGAAACUUCUUUUAAAACAUCAACUGAGGCAUAAGGAAUUUAAGGAGAUUGAAGAGUGUGUUCAGAGACGUGAACCACUGAUCUCAGGGAGCAAAACUGCUCAGAAACUAAGCCAUCACCUUGCUACAGAGGUGAUGAGUGACCCAUUGAGUGAUUCAGAGAAUGAUCCGUAUGAAGAUGCUUCUGAUGUGCAAAAUGAGCAUGGGGUUUAUCAGGUCAAUGAUGGUCGUCUACUAACUGCUGGGGAGGCUUCUCAAUGCAGUACUAAAGAAGAUUGGGCUGAAUGGAUGAGGCACUUUAGCAUUGAGCUCUUGAAACAAUCUCCAUUUCCAGCUCUACGAACCUGUGCAAGGUUGGCACAAUCGCAGCCCCUUGUAGGAAAAGAAUUAUUCGCAGCUGGAUUUUGGAGCUGUUGGUUGCAUUUGAGUAAAUCUAGUCAGGAACAUUUGAUUCAGAAUUUAGAGCUGGCAUUUUCGGCGCCAAAUAUUUCUGCUGAAAUUCUUGCGGCACUUCUAAACUUGGCUGAGUUCUUUGAACACUAUGAGAAGCCUCUUCCUAUUGACAUCCGACUCCUUGGUGCUCUUGCACAAAAGUUUCAUGCAUUUGCAAAGGCACUUCACUACAAAGAAAUGGAAUUUGAAAGUGCACUCUCCAAGAAGAAGAUGGAUGCUAAUUCUGUUCCUGUAGUUGAAGAUCUAAUACACAUAAACCAUCGGCUUGACCAACAUGAGGCUGCAGUUGGAAUACUAACCUUUGCCCAGCAACGUCUGGAUUUUCAACUGGAGUCAUGGUACGAGAAAUUGCAUCGAUGGGAUGAUGCUCUGCAGGCAUAUAAUCUCAGGGCAUCUGAAGCAUCAAGCUCACAUCUGGUUUUGAAUGCUAUAUUAGGCCAAAUGCGAUGCCUUGCAGCACUAGCUCGAUGGGAAGAACUCAACAACUUGUGUAAAGAAUAUUGGACCCCUGCUGAGCCAGCUGUCCGUCUAGAAAUGGCACCAAUGGCCGCUACUGCUGCUUGGAACAUGGGAGAGUGGGAUCAGAUGGCAGAGUAUGUCUCUAGAUUGGACGAUAGUGAUGAUACGAGGCUUGGAGGUUUUGUAAACUCUGCUGCUAGUGGUGAUGGCAGUAGCAAUGGCACGUUCUUUAGAGCUGUCAUAUCUGUGCGCAGAGGAAAUUAUGACAAAGCACGUGAAUAUGUUGAGAGAGCCAGAAAGUGCUUGGCAACUGAGCUUGCUGCUUUGGUCUUGGAGAGCUAUGAUCGUGCUUACAGCCACAUGAUACGUGUUCAGCAGCUUCUGGAACUGGAAGAGGUCAUUGAUUAUUGUACUCUUCCUGUGGGGAACUCCGUUGCUGAAGGACAACAAGCCCUCAUACGAAAUAUGUGGACUGAGCGAAUAAAAGGAGUGAAAAGAAACGUUGAGGUCUGGCAAGACCUCUUGGCAGUCAGAACUCUUGUCCUACCUCCAACAGAAGAUGUGGAUACAUGGCUCGAAUUUUCUUCUCUUUGUCGAAAAAAUGGACGAAUUAGUCAGGCUAGAUCAACCUUAAUAAAACUCUUGCAGUUUGACCCUGAAACAUGCCGCGACAAUUUGGGUUUCCAAGUUCCUCCACAAGUAAUGCUAGAAUACUUGGAGCUCCAAUGGUCUCUUGGCGAGGAUCUGAAGCAAAAGGAUGCAUUUCUUAGGCUUCAGAAUUUGGCCGUAGAGCUCUCAAGUGCGCCGAAGGUUGAGAUAGUUUCUCCAACAAGUCUAAUGAGGGAUAAAAGUCCAAGUGUGCCACUCCUCGCACGUGUAUAUCUCAAACUUGGUACUUGGAAUUGGGAACUUUCUCGUGGGUUAGAUGAUGAAUCUAUAAAAGAAAUUCUCGGAGCAUUUAAAAGUGCCACUCAGUGCGCAUCAGAGUGGGCAGAAGCAUGGCAUACAUGGGCAUUGUUCAAUACAGCUGUGAGCUCACAUUACACUUUAAGAGGUUAUCUCGAUGUUGCAGUGCAAUACGUUGUGGCAGCAAUAACUGGAUAUUUUCAUACAAUUGCUUGUGCAGCUAAUGCAAAAGGCGAUAAUUGUUUACAGGAUAUACUGCGCCUUCUCACACUGUGGUUUAACCACGGGGCUACCAUAGAUGUUCAAAUGGCCAUGGAGAAAGGAUUUGCUCUUGUAAAUAUCACCACAUGGCUGGGCGUGCUGCCACAAGUAAUUGCCAGGAUCCAUUCAAAUUACCAUGCUGUGCUCAUCCGGUCGCUUUUAGUUCGCAUAGGACACAGUCAUCCCCAGGCCCUCAUGUACCCUCUUCUGGUGGCAUUCAAAGCAGCAAGCAAGUUGCGGAGAGCUGCAGCUCAGGAAGUUGUUGACAAAGUACGGCAGCACAGUGGUGUGCUCGUAGAUCAGGCGCAACUUGUGUCAGAGGAGCUCGUCAGGGUUGCACUUCCAAUACUCUGGCAUGAAAAGUGGAACGAAGCAUUGGAAGAGGCUAGGAAACAGUAUCAACAGGUAUAUAACAUUGAAGCAAUGCUGAAGGUGCUGGAGCCAUUACACGAGUCCCUCAUGGAAGGAGCCGAGAGAAGCAAUACGACCAUCCACGAGAGGGCAUUUAUAAAGGAUUACUAUGUGGAGUUGAUGGAGGCAUAUGAUUGUUGCAUGAGAUAUAAGAGAACGGGUAAAGAUGCCGAGCUUAGACAGGCAUGGGAUCUUUAUAAAUAUGUAUACAUGCGUAUCAAUGAGCAGCUUCCAAGUCUUACCGAUCUGGACCUCCAGUCUGUCUCUCCUAAGCUGUUAGAAUGCUGCAACUUGGAACUUGCAGUGCCUGGGACAUACCAUGCAGAUGCGCCAGUGGUGACUAUUGCAUCAUUUAGUCCCAAGCUGCUUGUCUUUACUUCUAAGCAGAGGCCCAGAAAAUUAACUAUUCAUGGGAGCGAUGGUGAGGAAUAUACUUUUUUGCUGAAGGGUCAUGAAGAUUUACGUCUGGAUGAACGAGUCAUGCAGCUUUUUGGUCUAGUGAACACUUUGAUGGAAAAUUCUAGCAAAACAUCUGAAAAAGAUUUGCCUAUCCAAAGAUAUUCUGUUAUUCCAUUGGAUCCCAAUAGUGGAUUAAUUGGAUGGGUUCCCAAUUGUGAUACUCUGCACCAACUGAUACGCAAGUAUAGACAUUCCAGAGAGAUCCCCCUUGAUCAGGAGUAUAAAUACUUGGAGAGUUUUGGCCCGGAAAACUAUAAUCUUUUGCCCCUCUUAGCUAAAGUUGAAGCUCUUGAGCAUGUGCUACAGAAGACAGAAGGAGAAGACCUCAAAAAAGUUCUUUGGUUAAAGAGCCGCACUUCUGAGGUUUGGCUGGAGAUGCGGACAAAUUUUACUCGGAGCUUGGCUGUCAUGAGCAUGGUAGGCUACCUUCUUGGCUUAGGUGAUCGACAUCCAGGCAACAUUAUGUUGCACCGUUACAGUGGAAAGAUCGUACACAUUGAUUUUGGGGACUGUUUUGAAGUUUCGAUGAACCGAGAAGAGUUCCCUGAAAAGGUCCCAUUCCGCUUGACUAGAAUGCUUGUGAAAGCAAUGGAGGUUAGUGGUGUAGAGGGGAACUUCCGUUUGACAUGUGAAAAUGUGAUGCAAGUGCUUCGAACAAACAAGGAUAGUGUAAUGGCAAUGAUGGAGGCAUUUGUACAUGAUCCACUUAUAAAUUGGCGUCUUUUUCCCAAACUAUCAGUGCUUGCUAGUGCUCAUGUCCCCUCUGUUAUGAAUUCUGAAGAAUCUUCUCAAAGUAGAGAGCUUGCUUUGCCACAGCGUGGUGCCUGGGAAAGGGAACUUCUUCAGGCCAUUGAUCAACUCGGUAAUGCAAAUGAGGUGCUAAACAAACAAGCUGUGGCAGUCAUGGCUCGGAUGAGUGACAAACUUACUGGCCGUGACUUCUCCGACUCUUCAUUUUCCAGCAUCUCUGAUCAACAUUCCUUGAACCACUGCAACUUAACUUCAGGGGAUUCUCACAAAGUUGAUCAUGGGUUAUCUGUUAAGCUUCAAGUUCAAAAGUUAAUUGUUCAGGCUACAUCUCAGGAAAAUUUGUGCCAGAAUUAUCUCGGGUGGUGUCCUUUCUGGUGAGUUGAAGAAAAUCAAACGAAUGAGUGUCUUGUACAAACCUGGAUUUGAGAGUAUAAUGU